ACACAUGUGGUCCCACGUGUUAUCAACGGCAAGGAUGCAACUAAAGCAUCCAUACCCUAGUCACCUUGUUCCAUUUAGCAUUUCUCUGCUGCUGCUUCUUCCUCAUCAAUGGCGGCUACUAACCUUCUCCCUCAAACUCCCACUUUCUCCAAAUCCCUAAAAUACCCUUUAAACCCAAAGUCAUUUUCUCCAUUUCCCAACUUACUUCUCAGACCCUCCCCUAAAACCCUGACGCUCAAAGCUGUUCUAUCCCAAAACCCUGCAAAAACCUUAACCCCAGACGCACAAGCCCAGAAAUUUCAGCAUUGUUUCAGAAAAUCCGAAGAUGGGUUUCUCUACUGCGAAGGUCUCAGAGUCCAAGACGUCAUGAACCAAGUAGAGAAAAGGCCAUUUUACCUGUAUAGUAAACCACAAAUUACGCGAAAUUUUGAAGCUUACAAGGAGGCUUUGGAGGGUUUAAGAUCGAUUAUUGGGUAUGCGAUUAAAGCCAACAAUAAUUUGAAGAUUUUGGAGCAUUUGAGGGAGUUGGGGUGCGGUGCCGUUUUGGUGAGCGGGAACGAGUUGAGGUUGGCUCUUCGAGCUGGGUUUGAUCCAACAAGGUGUAUCUUUAAUGGGAAUGGGAAGCUUUUGGAGGAUUUGGUGCUAGCUGCCCAAGAAGGUGUCUUUGUCAAUGUUGAUAGUGAAUUUGAUUUGGAUAAUAUUAUAUCAGCUGCAAGAAUUGCUGGCAAGAAGGUCAAUGUUUUACUUAGGAUCAAUCCAGAUGUGGAUCCUCAGGUCCACCCAUAUGUAGCUACUGGGAACAAGAACUCCAAAUUUGGUAUUAGAAAUGAGAAGCUGCAAUGGUUUCUUGAUGCUGUAAAGGCACAUCCCAAUGAGCUGAAGCUUGUGGGGGCCCAUUGCCAUCUUGGGUCUACCAUUACCAAGGUGGACAUAUUUAGGGAUGCUGCAGUUCUUAUGGUCAACUACAUUGACGAAAUCCGAGCUCAAGGCUUUGAAAUAAGUUACCUAAAUAUUGGAGGUGGUCUUGGGAUAGAUUACUACCAUGCUGGUGCUGUCCUUCCCACUCCGAGAGAUCUUAUAGAUACAGUUCGGGAGCUGGUUCUUUCACGAGAUCUUAAUCUUAUCAUUGAACCUGGGAGAUCACUUAUUGCUAACACUUGCUGCCUAGUUAAUCGGGUCACUGGAGUGAAAACUAAUGGAACAAAAAAUUUUGUUGUGAUUGAUGGCAGCAUGGCUGAACUUAUCCGUCCUAGUCUUUACGAUGCUUAUCAACACAUAGAACUGGUGUCUCCUCCACCUUCUGAUGCUCAGAUUUCAACUUUUGAUGUGGUGGGCCCUGUUUGCGAAUCUGCAGAUUUCUUGGGGAAGGAUAGAGAACUUCCCACUCCAGCUAGGGGAGCUGGCCUGGUUGUUCAUGAUGCGGGUGCUUACUGCAUGAGCAUGGCAUCAACUUACAAUCUCAAGAUGCGCCCACCUGAGUACUGGGUUGAAGAUGAUGGAACCAUGUCCAAGAUCAGGCAUGGAGAGACAUUUGAAGACCAUGUAAGGUACUUUGAGGGGCUUUGAUUGUAUGGUGGCAGACAUUGACAUUCCUACUUAGGGGUAAGAAGCUUGUUUGUUGCUUUCAAUCUAUGCAUGGCCUGUUGGUGGAAAUUGUGUAUCUGAAUACUCCAUAGUAGCUGAAUUUUAUUGAUCAGCUGAUCUAUCAAUCUAUUAUGAUCCAUUAUUAGACAAAACAAAAUAUGAUGAUGAUGAUGAUGAUAGAGAGAGAGAGAGAGAGAGAGAUGUUGACAAGUCAACUUAACUAUCUCCUUAAGUCUUUCUUAAA